UCAGAUAGCUACCUCCUACAGUCCUAAUAUACAUCUCUAAAGUCUUAGUUGUGGACCAUGGAAUCCCAAAGAGUCAUUCCUGUUAUCAGAUUUAGCCAAGAAAACAUGAGCCCAAGUUCAAGUUGUUGGAUUUCAACAUGCCAAGAUGUUCGAAAAGCUUUCGAAAUCAAUGGCUGUUUCUUAGCAAUCUAUGAAGAAAUUUCAAUGGAGCAAUGUAAACAAGUUUUCCAGGCAGUGGACAAGUUGUUUGAUUUACCUGUGGAAACUAAAGCUAAAAACACUUCGACAAUUCCUAAUUUUGGUUAUAUUGGACCAGAAUCCUAUACUCGGCCUCUUUAUGAAAGCAUGGGAAUUGAGAAUGCAACCAAUCUUGAAUCAGUUCAAAGCUUCACAAAUCUCAUGUGGCCCUCUGGAAAUACUCAUUUUUGUGGACUACUUUAUUCCCAUUCAAAGCAAAUGAUGGAACUAGACAACAUGGUGACUAAAACAAUGUUUGCAAGCUAUGGUGUGGAGAAACAUCAUGAAUUGUGUGUUAAAUCUAAGGGUAACCUUGUUCGUGUCAUGAAAUAUGGAGUUCCAAUGUCCGAUGGGCCUAACAUUGGUCUUCCACCUCAUUGUGACAUGGGCUUUAUUACUAUACUCCAUCAAAAUCAAGUAAAUGGUUUGGAGAUCGAAACAAAGGAUGGUCAUUGGAUUUCUGUUGAAUUUCCUCCUUCAUCCUUUAUUGUUAUCGCAGGUGAUGCACUUAAGGAAUGGAGCAACGACAGAGUACAUGCUGUUACACAUAAAGUUACAAUGAGUGGAAAUGAAUCAAGAUAUUCACUUGGGCAGUUUUCACAUCCAAUGAAGAUAGGAACACUAGAAGAGCUCAUUGCUUCAUCCUCUGCAGUUUGAUAUUAUGGAACUGAUUCGUAACAAGAUGAAGAUUUUCUGAAGGCCUAUUCUUCAAGUGCUGAUAAUAUUUAAUUUGAUGUUUUACUUCUACUAUUGGAGAAUAAUGGACUUGAUUGUUGUUAUUUGUAUUUUGCUACUCUUUCCGUUCACUUUUAGUUGUUUAUUUUUACUUUUCA